AUGGCUUGGAUGCCGCUUUGCAAGCGCUCGAGGAGCUUUUUUGCAAGACGCGCUUUGCAAGCGCUCAAGGAGCUUUUUUGCAAGCGCGUAACAAAGAUCACGGCUAAACUGAAGCAACAAGUGAAGCUCCCGACACUAAUCAAGGCUCUCGCCGUUCAAUUCGAGUUCAACAACAACAACAACAACAACAACAGUUCAACAACAACAUCGCCGUCA